AUGUCGAUAAAAGAUUCCUCGAAUCAGUACGCAUCUCUGUUAUCGAAUUGCAUCAAGAGCAAGAAUCUCAACCUGGGGAGAGCUCUACAUUCCCACCUCAUCAAGACAGCUUUAAUUCUCGAUGCAUUCUGCACCAACCGCCUUAUCCAUAUCUACUCCAAAUGUGGCUCCAUAGACUCUGCCCAGAAAGCAUUUGACGAUCUCCCGUUCAAGAACGUCCGCUCCUGGAACACCAUGAUCUCCGCGUGCUCCCAAAUGGGGUGGUUCAUGAAAGCCCACCACAUGCUCGACGAAAUGCCUGAACCAAAUUUAGUCACAUUUAAUUCAAUCGUUUCUGGCUAUGUCAAAAGCGGGCUUUACAAAGAUGCGAUUAAGGCGUAUAGAGGAAUGCAGAAGCAUCACCGGAAUACAUUGUUGAUGGAUGAGUUUACGGCCGUGGCUGUGGCGAAUGCAUCGGCGAAAUUGGCGGCGGCUGAGAUGCUGCGCCAGGUGCACGGAGUUGCCACCGUGAUGGGGUUCGUAUUCGACGCAGUAGUUUGCAACGCUUUGAUUGAUGCUUACGGGAAAUGCGGCGAUCCAGACAGUUGUUACAGUAUUUUUAGUCAAAUGGAGGCGAAGGAUGUCGUCUCGUGGACUUCCGUCGUGGUUGCUUAUACAAAAGCAUCGAGAUUGGAAGACGCUUGUCGAAUAUUUGAUCGAAUGCCGGUUAGGAAUGAAGUAUCAUGGACUGCUUUGAUCACGGGCAUGGCGCAACACGGAGAGGGCGAAGGCGCCUUAUCCCUAUUCAAGGCCAUGCUGAACGAAGGCUUAGUCGCGAACGACGUCACGUACGUAGGCGUUCUAAGCUCCUGCGCUGAUUUAGCGCUGAUCGGAAAGGGUAAGCAGAUCCAUUGCCGAGCAUUAAGAGUUCGAAGCAGUAGCAUUUUCGACAACGUGUUUGUAGUCAACACGCUGAUCGACAUGUACAGCAAGUGCGGAGACAUGACAUCCGCGACAAAGCUAUUUAAGCGACUCGACAUAAAAGACACCGUCACCUGGAAUUCGAUAAUAACUGGACUCGCGCAGAGUGGCCAUGGAGAGGCUUCGCUAGCAGUCUUCCACAAGAUGCUGAAAGCAAGGGAAACGCCGAAUGAUGUGACAUUCAUCGGUGUUUUAUCCGCCUGCAGCCACUCCGGAUUAGAAUCCGAAGGGCUCAAAUUUUUCAAUAUGAUGCAGGAAAAGUUCGGUUUGGUCCCAAAAACAGAUCACUACGUUAUCUUGAUCGAUAUGCUGGGACGGAAGAACAGACUCAUAGAAGCCAUGGAGAUGAUCGAGAAAGCUCCUAAAGGCUACGAUCAUAUCGGGAUGUGGGGUGCCCUUCUAGCCGCUUGUCGAGUUCAUGGAAACUUAGAACUCGGCACAAGGGCUGCAAUGGCUCUGUUUGAUCUUGAGCCCAAGAAUACGGGGAGGUACGUAAUGCUAGCGAAUGUUUAUGCAGCAGCGGGUAAAUUGGGCGACGCGCAUCGAAUCAGGAUGCUUAUAGACAGCAAGAAUCUGAAAAAGGACGCGGGACAUAGCUGGAUAGAGGUGAAGAACACAAGAUAUGUGUUUGUAGCCGAAGAGCUGGUUGGAUCCGAGCUAGACGAUAUGCAAGAACUGCUUAUCACUAUUAGAAACCAUAUGAAGGAUUUUUGACGCGUCGAGUAGUC